CGAGCAAGACACUCAUUCACUCAUGGAAGAUGUGUCCACCGGUCCACACAUUCACACACACACGGUUGGUGUCUCACUCAGCACGCAACAUUGCGAUAUCAACAUGACACCCACACCCAUCCCCUUGCCCCUCUCACUCACUGCACAGCAGAGAAGUAGUCAGUGAUCUUGCGCUGCAUCGGGUCACCGACAAAACUGAUGCGGCGCACCUCCACGCGACACAGAUGGCCCAAUGGGGUCAGUUCCACGAGGUCAAAACCGGCCGCCCGCAGCAGCGCAUGAAAACGGCCGCCGUCCAGCUGAACUUGCUCAAACGCGCUCAGGAAGUGGCUGUCUUCCUCCCUCCCCUGUCCCCAGCAGCGAUCCACCUCAAGCACGAUGCUAUUCAGACACGGCACUGAAGAUGUGGCAAGGAUGCACUGACUGGCGACAGUCUGACUGAACUCCUCUGCCCCCGCCCAGCCUCCCUCAUCAUAGCUCGGCAGCUCAGACAGCUCGAUGGUAUAGGCCAUGCGAGAUAUGCGCUCAUGGAACGGCCUGCCUCCCUCUCCUGCCUCAUCCACCAACAGCGACCACUUCCCCAACCCCUCCUCAACGUCGACAUAACACCUGACGACCGUGAGGUUGCCCAGCUGCUCUAGCACUGGCUGCACGUCUCCCUCAACCAGGCUGGCCAGCCCUUCCCCCUCGAAUGCGAAAAGGUCUGCCUCUGUGACGUGGGGAAACAUAUGACCGAUACGCGACAGAAAGGCAGCCGGCAGAGGGAAGAGAUUCUGCCGGACCUCAAAGUAGAGGCUCAGCGAAGAGACUCGGGGAAGAUUGAGUUUGGACACGACAGAAUAGAGUUGAGGCGAGAAGUUAGGGGCGCACCUUCAUGGACGUCGUAGAAUUGAUCAACAGGCGGCGCGUCGUCAUGUCAAACGCAUCGAGCCUCAGGCCGCACUCGCUGAGCCGCUGUGCGUCCCACCGCCCCAUGUCGAAGCUGCCGUUGCUGAUGACCGUCAGGUGCUUCAGGCUGCUCAAAUCGACUCCAGCGGGCAUGUCGCGGCCCCAGUGCGGGCCAGCAGGAUGGUCCAGCUCGAGUGUGUGUAGCGCUCGACUGAACUGGUGCCAGCGGUGGCAGCAACUCGUGGACGAUGAAACGCGCAGUGACUCAAGCGAGCUGCAGAGGAGGAACACACACAGGCAGACACACAGAGAGUGUUGCAUUUACCAUCCUGUUGGCCCUGGUUGGGUUGUAAGGAUAAUACCUGAGCACCCAGUCUCCGUCGCCAGCCACCCGCACCCAGCGACCGGCGACCACCACAUGGGUCAGCAUGGAGAAGGUGGGCCUCCCGAAACGACGCACAGCCCCACCCCCACCCCCCCUGGUCUCGCUGUCAUCCGCCUCCAAAUGCGUCAACGUCUUGUGCGUGGCCUCAAUCACACGGGCAAGGCUCUCAUUCAACGGACACAGCAUGGUGACGCGAUUCGUGAGGGUGAAGCGAGGGCACCACACAUCGAGCUGGCCGUCAGUGAGACGAAUCUUCUCAUGUGCGCGGGUCUUCGGACGGACGGUGCUCUUGAGGAAGAUGGUGCGAUGCAUCUGUGGGUCGGUGGCGAUGGUGUGGAGAGCCUUGCGGACGAGUGAGAGGGAGCCGAUGAUGCACUGUGUGCCAAGGAGGGGGCUGAGGAAGGCCGUGCGGACGUCAUCGGGGAUGCUCGACAGAGAGAGUGAGUCAAUAAGCUGAUGACAAGCAAAUCAAAAUCGAACAAUGAAUGAAAGAUGGACGAUACGCAGUCAGGUGCGUGCGCGUGUGGUGUACAGUACCUCCUUGGUAUGUGAUUCAUCUGCGGGUCGGGUAUCGAGUGAUCCAACAGCGCUGCCGCUUACGAUCUCAACCUAAUGAAUCAAACACAUUGCAUUCAUUGAGCUCGGUCACGGUGAUGCACUGCCUCCUUCCCUCACCUCUUUGCUUGUCGGCUGUUUUUUGUUUGAGGCGGCCAUCAUGACAAAGUGAUAGUGAGGCAAUGCUGGCAAGCAGCCACUUGUGUGUCGGUCGGCCCGCUGCUUCACGUGCUGCAGCUUCACACGCAAGCACGUCGGGCGUUCGUCGGCAACUCAACCAAAACUCAUCGGAAAGUGCUUGAAACCGACUGGCUAUGAUGAUGGGCAGCCGAAUCACGCUC